AUGACGGUAAGUGACAAUGUCGCUGCGCCUGCUUUGGUAUUGUUUAUCGUAAUUUACACCUCAGUUUUCAUUUUAUCAACGGUUGGUAACACAUGGGUUUUGCUGACUUGCUACAAGACUUUAAAAAGAAGAUAUUCCCCGUUUAAGUGGUUAUUGGUGAAUUUAGCGAUGGCGGAUCUCCUGUUUACUCUUCUUUCCGUAUUUAACAUGAUCGGAUAUUUGUGGCGCUGGAUAGGUGGAAACAACACUUGUAAGCUUCAAGGAUUCUUUGUGGAGGCGAGCUAUACGACUUCCAUCAUGACACUUGUAACUAUUAGUUACCAAAGAUUAAAAGCUACCACAGAUCCAUUUAGUUCCAGAGCAAGAAACUGGUGCAGCAGAGAAUACCUUAAACCAGUUAUAAUUUGGGGAUUUAGCUUACUGGUCUGCACUCCUCUGCUGCAUAUCUACGGCAUAAAAACGGUGGACAGCAACGUUGCUUGUAUGACUACGAGAAAUGGAGUCAUUGUCCCGCAGAUUUAUUACAGUUUGCACACGACAUUAUUCUUUGCGGCCCCGUUGUUUUACAUGAUUUUUACCCAAAUCCGAAUUCAUCUCGCUCUUCGCACAAGCGUUAGACCAACAAGCAAAUUGUUCACUUCGCGAGCACAGAGACGACACAAAAAGGCUACAAAGACACUUGCUGCACUAACUAUAGCAUUUGUGAUCUGUUGGUCUCCUUUCAUGGUCAAUCGGACGCUAAUAUACUUUCGUUUAGCACCAAAAGGACUCAUUUGGAGGGCAUCUCAACUUUUAAUCUUUCUCAAUACCGGAUUGGAUCCUUUGUUGUACGGUUUGUACGACGGAGACUUAAAGUCUUUACUACGAAGAGUUCUCCACAAGAACAGGGAUAACACAGUGACAUCUCUCUAUCAAAAUACAUUAGAGUGAAAGGUAUACUUGAGAACUUAAUCUGUUGGACACAGGGCAUGAGCCCGUAGCAGCCACGAAGGAGUGUUCCAUAAUCUACACGAUUCGCAGCGGGUAUUCUUUAAAGCGGGUAUUCUUUAAAGCUAGACAAGAGAAGGGAACAAAGAAAUAUGAAAUAAUUUUCCUGACAGUAUAAAUAUUUAAUUCAUACUGUCAUAUCUAUAAUACGUAAAGUACACACCAACAUUCUCAGGGAUUAAUUUUCUGCUAAAGAAACCUCUGGAAAUCCACUUGAUUCCUUUUACUUGUAGGAACAAAAAGUUGACAAGACACACCAUCAGUAAGAGAGGAAAAGGUGAGAAAAGCAACCGGCGUUGAAUGAAAAGUUCUUUUGGAUAUUUCGAUCAAUUUGGCAUGCUUGCUACCUCUCAAAUAUAUGCACAAACUUUCAUUUUGUUAGAAACGUUCCCUUCUGAAUUCAGCCAAGUUAUAGAUUUUAUAUUUGAAAUAUAAAUUAACAAAAACAGAUAAACAAAACAGAAUAAGACGGAGAAAGUUCAGCCAGAAGAAGUGACUUGUCUAAAAUAUAUAUGUAUGUAAAUUUUGUGUUAAGGAAAGGUACCUCAGCGGUUUGUAAAAAUAAAAGAAAAAAAACAGGUGUUUUUCUCCCACGAAAAUCUUAUAUUUUACUGUAAUUGAAUAAAAAUAAGUUAAGAUGGUAAAAACGAAAUGUAUUAUAGUAGUUAGCGAAAGUCAUAAAAGCCAUGGUAAUUUCAUUAUAUCACAGGUUUCGAGUGAAUAUCAGUAAAUAACAUAUACCCUUACGAAGUUGUACCAUCGAAUUUAUUGAUUUACAGGGAGACUUCCAUUGUGAAUAGGAAAAAUUGGAAAGAUGUGCAUUAUACUGAGGAUGUAACGAAAAAAGGAUUUUUGCUGUGUAACCUAAAAUUAAGUCGCUAUAGAGUAAGGAUCAGGGAGAUAACCAAUAUCACCUGGUGAAUCUUAUCUAAACUGGGGCAUAUUGAAUAAACCAUGUAUUUAAUCAAUUCAUAAUAAUGUAGUUUCCUUAUUGCCAAGAGGUCGACAACAUCGGAUAAGCAUAAAAAACAUUCAAAACUGACCGUGAUUGGGUAAGGAUUUCGUUAGAGGGGAGUUCAAAUUAAGAUCAACAUAAUUCGAAGUAUAGUUCAAUGAUUCCUCUGAUCAGUUGAUAACGUUCUUUUUAAAGCUAUGGUUGAAUAGCUAAACCAUUUGAUUAAAAUAAACGUCAAAAGUUGUAAAGUUCUUAGAGUUCAAAAUAAAUUCAAAUAGGCAGUAUUGUUCCAGGGUCCUUUUGAUCUAAAGUAAAUUUGACAUCUGUGAGAUGAUAGCAAGUUUUUAUGUAAAUUCAUAAGGGCAUUGAAAUAUGCCAUUACCAUAAGUCUCAAAGGUCUUCCAAGAUCGCCAAGAAAUAUUUUGUGAAACGUUCACGGCAUUAAAUCGAUCAGGAUCUUGUCGUUAAGCAUUUGAUGAAUAUUCAAAACAUUUGAACUGCACAAUUAUCGUAACGUUGAUAUAAUCAUACUGAUAUGUCAUUAUAUAGAUUUAUAUCAAACGCUGAUAUAAAUCAUAUGUCACCGGUUUCGAUCAAAUUGGUGGGUUGUGUGGAAGCUAACACCAGCUUGCACACAACGGUUUCAAUCAAGUUCUGUUUAACAUCACUAUUAAGUUUUGUUAAAGCAAAGAAGAAAUGUUAGUUAUGACAGUUACAUAUCAUUAUAUUUCACUUGAUCAUCUUGGCAGCUUGUGUGUCCCAAGGUUUGCUUAUUUAUCAUUUUUAAAGUGAUGUUUUGUAAGAAAGAACAUUACUACAAUUUUGAUAAACAGAGCGAUAAAUAUUACAAACAGUGCUUCACCCAUUCUAUAAAGCUGUCCAAAACUAGAGAUUAAAACUUGCCGAGGGCUUACGAUGAAAUUCACGGCUUUUUGAAUAAGCUUAUACAUAAGCACUUUCACAAGAUGCGGAAUAGCUUAUAAUUAUGUUGGAAGAAUAAAUAGCGAUUAUUCUACUACAUCAUGCAUAUCUGUUGUCUUCAGAUUUGGCACCACUUAUGUAAAGAAAGGAUUAAGAAUGCUUAUCGUCAGGCUCUGAUCGCUUUAAGAGAUAGGCUGAGGAGAUUUCCAUUGAAAUUAAUUGAUGACAUCCAAUUUCUUGUCAGGAAAACACAUAAACUUUCUUAAUACUCCUGUUGUAACAGCUGCUUCGCAAAGUAAAGAAGCUUUCUUAAUGUUUCCUGUUGAUCCCGGCAUAAUCAAGCAAGAUAUAUUCCAUUCUACUUGAACCACAAAAAAAGAAAAAAAAAAACAAUAACAAACAAGCGAGGGUAUGGACUUUCUAAUAGAAGAUCCAACCCAGGCAAAUUUUAGUUCUAUUUACCUCUUCUUUUUUUUUCGGGAACAAAAAUGCUAAGCGAGUUUUAAUAAGUUGACAGCUUGUUAUACAAACAGGUUUGGUUAAAAAAAGACAAGAUUCAGAAUGGUCGUCGGCAAUCAAUCACAGAAACACACAUUGGCUCUGAGCAAGGUAAGAAACGCUUGUUUAACACAGAACUUGAAGAGGACCCGAAUACUACACAUGGCAACGAGCGGCGGAUUUCCCAUAGCAUUAGUUGCCACAUUCACAUGUGUUUAUUUCCUAAUUUUCCUGUCGUCAAUCGUGGGCAACUCAUUUGUUCUUUGGCUCUGUUACAAACUAAAACGACAACGAGAAUCUUCUUUGAUGUGUUACAUCACCAACUUAGCAAUUGCAGACGUAGCAUUUACGGUACUGACUAUUUUUGACUUGAUGUGGACCUGGACAGGCGGCGAGAUAUCCUGUAAACUACAAAGCUUUGUCAUUGAAGCAUGUUACUCCACCUCCAUAUUGACUCUUGUUCUUAUCAGCUUUGAGCGUCUUAAGGCUGUGGUAGACCCUUUAAGAGUCAGACUCAUCACAAGGGAAAACAUGCUACGAAAGUUAAUCGCCGUUUGGUCAGUUGGCGCAGUCGUCGCUUCGCCUUUGCUUUAUGCUUAUCAAACCCAAACAGAUGACACAGGAACCAUUUCCUGCACGCAUUUUGUUUUUUCCUUGUAA